GAAAGAUAUUCCGAAGGCCGUGAGUGAACACGGAAAUCGAGAUGUGUGUGUGGUCAAAAAGACAGUGCAAGGUAGGGGUCGGGUGGCGUUUGUGAUGGCAAAAUUUUUGCAAAUGCACGGUCACUGACAUUAGCACCAACAAUGGACCAGCAAUUCUGCUUGCGCUGGAACAACCACCCGAACAACCUGACUGAUGUACUUGCAAGUCUGCUACAAAGAGAGGCUUUGUGCGAUGUCACUCUGGCCUGCGAUGGGGAAACUGUCAAGGCACACCAGACGAUACUCUCCGCAUGUUCCCCAUAUUUUGAAAGCAUAUUCCUACAGAACUCUCAUCCACAUCCGAUAAUAUUCCUCAAAGAUGUACGAUUCUCAGAAAUGAAAUCUCUUUUGGAUUUCAUGUACAAGGGUGAAGUGAAUGUUGGCCAAAAUAUGCUACCGAUGUUCCUAAAAACAGCUGAAAGUUUACAAGUUAGAGGUUUGACCGAAAAUAAUACAUUGAAUCCAAAGUCGGAGGAUCGGUCGACUCCGUCAGUGAGCGCGGAGAAUCUUUCCCGAUCUGAGUCGUUCGCCACGCCUCCGGCCGCGCAUUGCGCGCCGCCAGCUCCUCACACACCACUGUCGGCGGCGCCACCCGCGCACCCGGCUCAUCCCUCGCAUGCAAUCCCUCCGGAGAAGAGACGCAGAAAGAACUCUACGGUACCACGAGACGACGUCGACCAUUCUUACAGGCACUACGAGGGACAUGUAAAGUCGGCGAAAUGCGGGUCAACGGGGUCGGGGUCGGAGCCUUCGACGCCGCCUCCGGCGCACACGCCGGCGCGGUCGGUGGCGCGGUCCCCGGCGCACACGCCGGCGCCGCACGUCAAGCAGGAGCCGGACUCGCCGUACCCGGCGCACGGCCCGCACGCCCCGCACGCUCCUCACGCCCCCGCUAUCCACCCGCCGCCCCCUUUCGACCAGACGCACCUCCAGAGUAUGGGAGUAACGGAAAUGGCAUCAAUACUGACCCAGCAAAAUCUUGGCAACGAGUGUAACGACAAUGAGCCCAUGUUACAACCACACCCAGACCAGACAGACACCAUAGAUGGCUCGAAGGGCUGGCACAUGCGGCUGACGUUCGAGCGCGUGGCGGGCGCGCUGAACCUGCACCGCUGCAAGCUGUGCGGCAAGGUGGUGACGCACAUCCGCAACCACUACCACGUGCACUUCCCGGGCCGCUUCGAGUGUCCGCUGUGCCGCGCCACGUACACGCGCUCCGACAACCUGCGCACGCACUGCAAGUUCAAGCACCCCGCGUACAACCCCGACACGCGCAAGUUCGAGGCUCCCGCGCCGCCCGCGCCCGCGCCCGCGCACGCGCCGCUCUACGCCAACCCGCUGGACGCGGGCUUCGACUGAUUGUCCAUGUACUGGCUCGGCCUCGACGCUCUGUGAGCGCUAGCCCUCGCCAGCCUAGACUAUGUCGUUGUUCAUGUGUCAAAAUUUUAACGGACCGUCUCGCGUCGAAACCGCUUCCUAUUUAGGAUUAAGCUGAAGUGCUAUUACUUAAACGGGCCUUUCUUAAUGUAUGCCCGCACACGGCGGGCGACUCGUUUUAGUAUCGUCUCGGUUGUGCGUUUGACUUGCCCCAGUGUGAUCUUGUAUAAGAUUCCUCGUCUGGAAUAUACCUAUGUCGAUGUUACUGAAAUAAUGACUCGAAACGUAUGUAGUAGGUAAGCAAAUUUUUUUCUAUACCAAUCGCUAUACGGGAACGGGCAAAAGCAAUAAUAUGAUGUUAAUUUUACUAUUACCAUAUUAUUUUUUAUAUUGUAUCGAUAGGAACCUUAAGAUAUUAAGAAUAUACAUUUAUCGAGUAGCGGUGCGACCGCGAAGUGAUGCUGGCUAUUAGCGGUGGCCCAGAUACGGGCCAACAGUUUCUUGUUAUAUUUAUUCAUUAGAUAGGAAAUUAUGAGUUUCCUGUAGCUAAUUAUAUUUAUGUUAUUGAAUCCUGUGGGUGGUAUGGAACGACAUCAGAAGGAUAUUUGGGGACUGGCAAGAGAUUGUGAUUAGUCGUUGGUCAACGACGUAUAAAUAUUGACUGAAUCUCAGUGUAGAUGCAUUUGUAACUCUAUGAGGCCUUUGCAAGAUGGAUAAUUAUUAAGGAUUUGUGAUGUAUUAAAGGAUAGCGCCUAAGGAAACAUACGAAAAGAUUUUUAUACUAGACUAGUUGAUCUAUUUACGGAGAUUGUUUUUUUAUACUUAGAUAUAUUCUAUUGUCUGAUUUAAUAUACUUUUAUAUUUAUAUAACUGCAUAUAUAAUAUGAUUUAUUAGUGUUGUUUGUUUUUAAUCGAUUCAUCAUAUAGUAACAUUGAUUUCGUUUAUAUUGUGUUGACGGUUAAAAGUAAUCGAGUUGAGAUGUUAACAUGUUUUAUUAUUUUAUCGUUGGUAGGUGUUUAGUUUGUGGUACCGGGCCGCGAGCCAUGCCGGCCGGCCGUCGCCCACUCGUGUGAUCGGUGCUUGGGGUCAAAGACCUCUUUCAAUCAAUUAAUAUAAGUUAGGAUGGAACGUUUGGAGGUUGCGCAUUUAGUAACUAAUAUUGGCAUUCUACGAUUGGGACUAACCUAGCGUUUAUGUAUGUAUUUUUCAAUUAAGAUUUAAGAUUGUUACAUUUUUAGCUAAACACUUUAGAGUGGUACGGUAACUGAAAUGUGAUAAAAAGGAAUGGUGCUAGAACCAAGAGUGUUAACACGCUACGAUUCGACUCCUAUUAUAAUAUUAUUAAUGAUUAGUUACUUUGCAUUAAAUGUAAGGCAUCUAGCAUCCAGUUGAGGUCGCAUCUAUCUGGUCAACGGGUAAAUAAUGCAUGGAUCGUUACACGCCUAGAGAUUACAGUAUCACUCGAGAUUUUACCUUAAUUUUUUCAGAGAUCUUCAAGUUUUCUAGUACAUAAAUAUAUAAUGAGUAAUGAUAAGACACCAUUUACAUAAUAUAAUAUGAAUCUGAUCCUUGCCUACCAAAUAUAAUACGUUCAUUGAUGGAGUUAGGAAUUUAUCACAUCCGAAUAGUGAAUCCAUGAUCGUUUCCCAUAACUUUAGUUGUGGCGUUAGUGCUGUUGUGCUGUUUAGUAGCUGUGAACAUGCAAUUCCACUUGUGCAAUUUUUUGAAAAUAGUCAUAACUUAUAGCUAGAUUAUACAAUUGACUAUUGAAUAUAGGGGCCCACUCGAUAUAUAUAUGUAAGCACGAAGCUCAUGCGUCCCUGUAUAUAAUUACGAUAAAGUCACCAAACAUUUCUUCCAUAAAGAUUUUAUAUUUACUUUAAGGAUAUCAAAGAUUUUUAUACCUACUGUUCUUAGUUAUGUGGGCGCUUAUUAUUUGAUAGCAUUUCAUACUCAGUGCAAUAUUACUAGUUAUUUAAUUACGUAACCAAACUAAAUGAUAUUUUAAAAGUAUAUAAUAAAUAUCAUUGCAAGAGAGUAACUACCUAUUUGUAAUUACAUAAGUGACUACUCCUAAUUUCUAUUUCUACUUAGUGAAUCGCAGUUUGGGUUACGGUGAUGUACAGGUUUUAUAGCUGGUAAUAUUAAUAAUUAGCUUGUUUACCUCUGCCAAUCGUAAUAGUUGUGUACUGUUUAAUAAUUUAUUGUCGCGCAAGAUUAAGUCUAUUGUUGAGAUAGAUCAUAGCUAUCCGUUACGGGUCCCAUUGCCCAGCGAGUCGAUGAUCGUGCUGAUCUCCCAAUCUGCCCACGCGUUAAACGCUUCAUCUAAUCGUGAAUGCAUUUUUAUAUUACUAUCACUCGAGACCAAUUUUUAAUAUUGAAUUUGCUAUAGCAAAUUGAUUGAUUAGUAACAUAGAAUAUUAUUUUAGAUAUUUUAGGUUAGGAUACUAUGAUAGUGUCUGGCCAGAAUAUUUUGGAGAAUCACACCGUUUGGCUCAGAAAAUAUCUACCUUUGAUCUCUUUUCAGCUUUCAAAAAGUAUGCAACUUAAUAAUUGUAAUGGUGACCACAUUCGGACUUAAUGAAAGCUAACUUUAUGCCAUAUGGAAUUUUAUACAUAAGGUUAACGAAUUACUAAAUUUAGUCUUAUGAAAUUGAGGUCUUGUAGACCUAGUCACUUAUUUGGCCAAUCUAUUGAAUAUUCCAAUUUAUUGUAUAUUAAAAUUUACAUUUGUAUCACAAGGAUGUGAUCUUAUCAUUGAAUCAAUGGAGUGCAGGAUGAGCUCUAACGUUAUUUUCAGGAUAGCAAUGGUCUAGUUAUGUUUAUUUUGUUUCUUCUUUAUAACAUUAGCAAAUUUGUUAUAGUGUCGUAUAUCACAAUAGUGUAAUACUAAUAGGGAGGGGGUGUCAAAUCGUGUACCUCACAGCUGACGAAUGAUCUUGUUAUAUUAUUACAUGAAAUUUUAUGAACGAUUUGUUGUUUAUGAAUAUUUUGUUUGAUGUCUUGGUUUGAUGCCUCCGUUAAAAGUUUUUAAUUUAAAUAAUUUUGUUUUAUGCAAGCAGUUAAUGCAAUUUUUUUUCACAUUGUUUGAUGUUAUGUAAUGCAAUUUUAACAUGUUGCAAACUCCUGCAUUUAUCUGUUGUAUUUAUUACUAAUUUUUACAUUAAAUUGUGGUAUGUUACAAAUCCGUGUAGUUUCAGUUGUGCGUUUCACAUGCUCCACACCCACCUGCAAAAUCUAUUAUUUAACUGUGCAAGUAAUGAAAGCACGGCCAGAUUUCCGUUGUGUACUCGAGCGGCGUUGUCGGGAGACGGCAGCGGCGGCGGCGGAGUGUAGCGGGUUGUUGUUGCAGAGCGCGGCGCGGGCGGGCCGGGCGCGGCGCCGUACUCGUACCACAGCAUGUUCGUGGCCGUGGCCGACAGCGCGGCGCUGUGGCGCUGCAAGUCGUGCGGCAAGGAGGUGUCCAACCGCUGGCACCACUUCCACUCGCACACGGCGCAGCGCUCGCCGUGCCCGUACUGCCCGGCCACCUACAGCCGCAUCGACACGCUGCGCUCGCAUCUGCGCCACAAGCACGCCGCGCUGCUGCUCAAGCACUAAGCGCCGCUCGAACGCCGCACGAACGCCCCCCGACCCCUGCGACGCUCCCGACAUCUGAGCUCGAUAUCUUUCUUUCUCGUUUAAUGUGACUAGGUAUAAUUACAUUGACGUGCUUCGUGCAUGAUUUCGAAGGUAAUUAUUAUAUUGAAUGUGUUACGACGCUCGUUUUCGUGCGUUAUAUUUGAAUCGUUCUGUAUGGGUAAGGUAUUGAAUUUUGUUACAACUUAUUUAACUAACAGGGUAAAUUUAAACAGUAAGAU